UGCAAGUCUGUCAAAUGCCAUUUUAUAAUCUCCAUCCAAAAUAAAUAAAAAGAUAUAGAGAAAAGCUAAGUGGCUUUGAUGCUAUUUCUCUUCCUACGCCAUUAUUGCGCCUCAUAAAACAAGGUGAAAUAUUGUAUUUCCUAUGUCAGUAUUGAGUUGCCCUUGACCUGCUCGGUAAAAUGCCUGAAAGAGAUUGAAAGGUCCGAGAUCAUGCAGCUUGGACAAGAAAUUUUGUAUGCUUUUCCAGUUCAAUGAAAAGUACCCCCUGUUGUCUAAAAGCUUGCAGAUCUUCACUAAAGAACCAAACAUGCUAGAUGUCACUCACAAAGUCCAAGCUCUGUAUCAAGAUGCUCUACUUGACUUUUCUGAAUUACAUCUAGCUGAGUACUUUGAUUUUUGUACCUUUAAGUUACAAAACGAGAUUUGGUUGAUUAAGAGGGAAAUUAGAGCCAAAUACGCCUUUCCUAAAAUAUCAUACUUACCACUUUCAGCCAACAAGGAUGGUAUUGCUAUUCGCAAAUUUAUGACAGAAUUCAUGGAUACUGUGGUGGAGAAUCUUCGUGAUUUAGUGAAGAUUUAUGUUCGCUGUUCGUUUAUUAUUGUCCCCGAAACAAUAAUGAAACAUAUAGAAGAUGUUUUAAAAGAAUUGAAAAUGCUGCAAAAUUUCUUCUGCUUUGUCUCAAAGAGCUUAAGAGAGCCUGAGAGCCAACAUAUUGUUAAUUUCUUUACUCACGCUUUAGCAGUGGCCGGCCACACAUCAAUGCUUUUCUGGUUGUAUUUACCAGACUUGACUUCAGAGGAAAUAAAUGUAUUGCUUUCUGAUCUCUUGCGAAUGAGGAUUAAGCCCACUCAACCAUGCAUCCGCAAGAUCUAUGUUGAUGUCUUGCAAUCUUUAAAGUCGACAAUACAAUCUGCAGGAUGGUAUCACAAAAUCCAAAAUCAAGAGCAAGCAAUUGAUACCGAAGCCAGCUUUUUGGAGACUAUCCUACACAAUUUGGCAGACCUACCAACUAAUAAUAACUCCAGUCAGAGAGUUGCUUUGAAGGAUCACUUGGCUAUCCUUCAAGAGAUGCUCAACCUAUUGAGAGCCAAUAUCAUCCAUGUGCCGAUACAAGAUCUUGAAUUUCUUCCAGUUAUUGACACUGCAAUUAUUGAUGUCGGGCUUCUGGUUUACUCGUUGUACAGAGGCGAGGAGGAGGAGAAGGAAGACGUUGCACCGGGAGAAGUGAACCCAGAACAAGUUCUUGAUUUGUCAGGAAAUAUUCAAAGCAUAGGCAAAAGGAUCUAUCCCACCUUUCGGAAGGCGUUUCAAUCUAACUUGCCAAGGAUUCUUGGACUAGGCUAUGUUGAUUUCCUUUUAAACAACCUGAAGGAAUUCAAACGCCGUUAUGCAGAUUCACCCGCUUAUAUCAAGAACCAAGUUCAAAUAAUUCAGAAGGAAUUUGAAAGCUUGCAACCAUUUCUAGUGGAUGUUGCAGAAGAGCGACACGAUGGCCUCGACAAAUGUCAGCGUUGUGCUACACAAUUAAUUGGCAAAGCAUAUGAGGUAGAAUACAUAGUUGAUGCUUUUAUAAGUAAAGAAGGUCCUCUCUGGUGCCUUGAGCGUUGGCUUUUGGAUAUCAUAGAGGAGAUUGCUCAUAUCAGAAAUGAGGUGACAGAGAUUCAAGGGAAAAAAAUAGUUGAGGAAGCAAUGAACAAUACUGGCAAAACUCAAACGCCAUCAAGUUUGGCAAGGUCUACAAUCAUGAAUGAUGAAGUUGUGGGUUUUAAGGAUGUCAUAGAAAAAUUAAGAGACCAACUAAUAGGAGGAACCAAAGGGCGAGAUGUUAUCUCAAUAACCGGCAUGCCAGGUCUAGGCAAGACGACUCUAGCCCGCAGACUCUACUCUGACAAGUUAGUUGUUUCUCACUUUGACAUUCGUGCACAGUGUUGUGUGUCUCAAGUAUAUUCACGUAAGAACUUGUUACUGGAGAUUCUACAUGAUGCUACCAGUAAAGACUUUGAAUGUGGAGGAAAACAUGUUGAUCAAUUAGCUGAUGAGCUACGCAAAGCUUUAUACUCCAAAAGAUAUCUCAUCCUUGUUGAUGAUGUGUGGGAAGCUAGUGUGUGGGAUGAUAUAAUACGAUGUUUUCGAGAUGCCAAUAAUGGAAGUAGAAUUAUUCUAACAACUCGAAAUCAUGAAGUUGCAAAUUACGCUAAAUUUCAAAGUGACCCCCUUCCACUUCGUAUGUUUAAUGAUGAUGAAAGUUGGAUGUUACUCAGGAAAAUUGUGUUUGGAGGAGAAAGAUUCCCUCCUCUCCUAAUGAACAUUGGGCAACAAAUAGCAGAAAAGUGUGGUCAGCUACCUCUUUCAAUUGUCUUGGUGGCUGGUAUUCUAGCAGAGAUGGAGAGGAAAGAAGAAUGUUGGGAACAAGUGGCCAAAAAUUUAAGUCCCUACAUUCACAGUAACUCAAAGGCCACUGUAGAACAUAGUUAUCAAAAUUUACCCUAUCAUUUGAGGUCUUGCUUUCUUUACUUCGGAGCAUUUUUAGAGGAUAGUGUGAUAAAUGUUUCUAAGUUAACAAAGUUAUGGAUCUCAGAAGGAUUUAUAAAAGGUUGCGAAGGUAAGAGUAUGGAGGAUAUAGCCGAAGGUUAUUUAGAGAAUCUUAUUAGAAGAAAUCUAGUGAUGGGAACUAAGAAGAGUUCUGGAGGUAAGAUCAAAGCAUGUCACAUUCAUGACCUAUUGCAUGAUUUCUGUAAGGAGAAAGCAAAAGAAGAGAAUCUUCUCCUGUGCAUAAAACGGGAUCAACAUGUCAAUCCUUCUGGCCGUGUUUGCUAUCACAAGCAACUUGCUCAUCGCACGUUCGUUUAUGGUGACCGGUAUCUUAAUGGAGAUUGGAGCUCGUGUUUGCCACAUGUUGGCUCUAUAAUUUUGCAUAAUGAUGGUGCUGCAUUUGGCACUGUCUCCCACAAUUUUCACAGCUUCAGGCUUUUAAAAGUGUUGGAUUUGGAGUCCAUAAGAAUUGAUUCUUUCCCAAUUGAUCUAGUUUACUUGAGGUAUUUUGCUGCACGAACUCAAGUGUCGUCGCUUUCAUCAUUCAUGGCCAACCAUUGGAACCUUGAAACUCUGAUUUUGAGGCAUAGUCAUUAUCAAGAUGCACAAAUGUCACUACCCGUUUCACUAUGGGAGAUGGUUAAAUUGAGAUAUCUGCAUAUUUCCAAGUGCAACUUCAUUAUAGAAACUGCAGAAGAAUUACUUGAGAAGUCCAAAAAACUUUAUGAUUUGAAAACUCUUUCCACUCCAUACUUUUCUUGUAUUCAGGAUGCAGAAUUUAUUUUGGGAAGAACACCUAAUCUUCGGGAACUCAGAUGUGAAGUCGACGGUGUUGACAACUUUCAGUACUAUGUAUUGAAGUUUCCAACAUGGAUUGGAAUUCUGAAGAUUCUUCGCAGAAACACAUCUUUAGCUAAAACCAUCCCCUUUUCCAUCUCCGCUCCAGAUCUCAGAAGCUUGACAGUACGCGAUUUUUACCUGCAUCCUCAAUACUUAUCAGAAAUUGCUUCAUUUCAGAAUCUUCAAGUACUGAAACUGCAAAGCAUUCACUUUGACAAUGAGGAAUGGGAAGUGAGCGAUGGCGAGUUCCCUCAACUCAAAGUCUUGAAACUACAAAGGAUAAAGUUCUUUAAAGAAUGGAUUGUCGCUGACGAUGCCUUUCCCAACCUUGAACACUUGGCUUUGCAUGAUUGCAAAUUUCUUAAGGAGAUCCCUUCUUGUUUCGGAUACCUCUGUUCUCUAAGUCAGCAAGGGAUAUCUGGGAAACACAAGUUGAAGAUUAUCAGAAUUCUAGCUUCGUUGUCUCUAUCCAGGAGUCUUGGUAUUUUAACAAUUCUGAUUCAGAUGAUAAUAAUAAUAAUGAUGAUAGUGGCGGCGGCUGUGGUGGUGGUGGUGAUGAUGGAGAUGCAUUUAAUAAUGAUGAUGAGAGUGGUGGCGGCGGUGAUGAUGAUGAUAAUGAUGAGGAGAAGGAGGAGGAUGAGUAUUUAGCCAAGGCAAUUAGGAAGAUCAUGAGCUUUUAUAGUUAGUGUUUUUUUUUAAACCUUGAUUAAAGUUUCUGAGGCAAAAAACAGUUAAAUAUUUUUUCUUUCCUUUAAUUUGGUAUAUGGAUAAGUUGUUAUUUCUGUUUAAUGUU